AUGACAUGCACCCUAAGCGAAUGCGCCGAUCCCACAGCAAAUUCCCAUUCGAUUCAAUCUGCGAACCUCCCCUCCGUCGACAUCACCACCAGCACUUCCCGCAGCACCCCGUCGCUCGCAAUAAUGGCUGCCAUCAACAAGAUCGCCCCCAACUCGCCGUCCCGGCAGCACCCCUCCGAGCUGGAGACCGCGAUCGCCGGCGCUCUCUACGACCUCGAGAGCAACACACAGGACCUGAAGGCCAGCCUUCGUCCCCUGCAGUUCGUCUCUGCCCGCGAGGUUGAGGUCGGCCACGGCAAGAAGGCCAUCAUUGUCUUCGUCCCCGUUCCCCUCCUGGCCAACUUCCACAAGAUCCAGCAGCGUCUUACCCGUGAGCUCGAGAAGAAGUUCUCCGACCGCCACGUCCUCUUCGUUGCUCAGCGCCGCAUUCUGCCCCGCCCCAAGCGCUCCGUCAACUCGCGCACCACCCAGACCCAGAAGCGUCCCCGCUCCCGCACUCUGACUGCUGUCCACGACGCCAUUCUCUCCGACCUCGUCUACCCCGUCGAGAUUGUCGGCAAGCGCACCCGCACCAAGGAGGACGGCUCCAAGACCCUCAAGGUCAUCCUCGACGAGAAGGAGCGUGGUGGUGUCGACCACCGCCUCGAUGCCUACGGCGAGGUCUACCGCCGCCUCACCGGCCGCUCCGUUGCCUUCGAGUUCCCCCAGAGCGGCGCUGAGUUCUAAAUGCAC